CAGGAGGAUGGAAUCUAGCAUUUUUCAGCUGCAUGAUACAAAAAAGAUGAUCCCCGAACUUUCGUUAAGUUUCAGCCAAGAUGCCCCUUCCUCAAAUCCAACCAGUAGCUCAUCAGCCAAGUCCGAACCGGAGUCCGAGCCUCCCAAAUCAUGUUUUGGUGGAGAGCCGCUUUUAUCGUUUUUUCUUGGAUGUGCCAGGCACCAGAUAUACAAACAAUAAAUGCUUGAACGGCACAGGUCUGGCCUUCAUCUUGGAUUGGUUCCGACGCUGCAGAAGUCGAAGGCAUCUUCCACAGCAACCUCCUGCGUCAAGAAGUUCCCGACGCACUGUGGAGCUCCCAGCCAUUUGCUGCUCAAGGUCUCGACGCUCCUCUUUCAGAUUGGCCUGUUUGUAGACAUCCAGGAGAACAAUGCCAUUGGGGACCAUCUUCAUGGCGCAGAGCACGCACAACCUCGGCAGACUAUGCGGAGGCCAUUCUGCAAGAUGACCGAUCCUGGCGUGACACAGCAUCGGCAUGGCCCCUGUGUAGCAGGAGUAGGUUGUACCACAGAAGGAGCAUCAGCAUCCCGCCUCCUCGCACAUCUGCUGAAGACGGAGACCAAUCGCCUCAAAGCCCAUGCUUGGAGUCGAUGGCUCUGAUUUCACUGAGGGCUGCGUGCACAUUUCACACACAUCACUAAUGACACCUUAAGGCUUUAAGACCCGAAAAGUGGUCGUUUUGUGUGUUUCAAGUACGAACUUGGAUUAUGAAUACGAGGUCCUGAAAAGAGGCUCAAAAGCAGCAAGGUCAAAGAUUAUGAGCACGUUGGAAGGUCCAGGUAUACUUAAAAGUUGAUAGUUCAUCCAUUUGAGCAGUGCCGUCAGUUUGUGCACAACUAGCAGUGGUGGCGUGAAAAUAUGGCCAAGCUAAAAAUGCCAUCAAUCAUUAAGUUGUUUGAUGUGUUGCUUUCUUAUUAGUCAGCACAUCACCAGGCCCUGCAACUUCCCUUCGCCAGGUGGCAACCUUCGCCUGCACUGGACGGCAGAAAAGGAAGACACUAUGCAAACGGUUUGGCUCGGGCUUCUUCCAAGGUCGAUCGCUCCAAUGUCUCAGGUUUGGGAGUAACCACUGGGUGGUCUUCUCUUGUUUUUGGUUGGGUGUGGGGAACGUCCAGGGGUUGGCGCAAGCGCCCCUGAUGGUGAAGUUUGAAGUUUGAGAUCAUGUUUGCCAAUACUUACAGUACUGUAUUUCUGGACCUUUGGCUUGUGAGUUCUUUCCCGUUCAUUUUGGCGAUCAAGUGAUACACGCGGGCUUCAUGCUCAGAGUAG